AUGGUUGCAUGUAAAAUUAACCCAGAUGGGCAAUCAUAUAUAGUUCCGGAUAAUGUAGUUCUUGAAAGUUAUAGUCAAUUAAAUGAUUUUACUAUUCUUGGAAUACCUGGAGAAAUUCAUAAACAAUAUGAACAACAAUUAGUUAUUGCUAUAGUUAAUUAUGUUUUUGAUGGGAAAAUUUUUGGCGAGCCAUAUCUGUCUUUUUUGUUUAGAAAUAUUACUUAUGAUCAGUUAUGUCUUGAUUUGAUGAAGGAUGGAGAAUUUCUUCUUCCACAACCUUUUUACCAGAUUAAUCCCGAUUUUAAACUUGUUUUACUAAAUUCUGCUAAUGGAUCUGUCUAUUGCUCCCUUCAAAAAUCUAAAGGAUUGGUUUAUUGUCAUCAAACUGAUAAGCAUAUUGACCCUGCAACAUUAACGCCACUUAAGAAUGACUAUGUGGACAGGUAAAUUUAAAAUUUCAAGGAAUUUUUUAUCCUGCUACAUAAAUAUUCCCGAAUCAUGUAUUCUCAUUUGUAUUUUUCUCAACAGUGAUUAAACAAUUAUCCGUAAUAGUCUCGUUUCCAUACCCCCUUUUACUCCCCAAGUUUCCUCUAUAUGUAAAUCUUUGGCAUGAAAGACAAAAAACAUGAAAACAAAACAUUAUUUGGCAUGAAAAAAACUCUAACGUC